UGCUGCGACUGCCUCAGCUGCUGCGGCUGCUGCAUCCUCAGCGUCAUCUGCAACAUCCUCAUAGUCCUUGCCGUGAUCCUAGGCAUAGCCGCGCUCAUCAUCUGGCUCAUCUUCCGCCCCAACGUCGUCAAAUUCCGAGUCGCCGACGCGAAUCUCACUCGAUUCGAUCUCGAUCCCAGCGACAACAACCUCCAUUACAAUCUCGCCUUGAAUUUCACGAUCCGCAACCCGAAUCGCCGGAUCGGGAUCUAUUACGACCAAUUUGAAGUCAGUGGAUUAUACGGUGACGAGCGAUUCGGAUCGGUGUACGCGCCUCCGUUUUACCAGGGGCAUAAGAACACGACGGUGGUUGAGGCGGUCCUCUCCGGUCAGAAUGUGGUAAUGCUCGGCCACGGAGCUCAGCGAGAUCUGGAUGAGGAUCAGAAAUCUGGGGUUUACAGGAUCGAUUUGAAGUUGAGGCUUAGGGUUAGAUUCAAAUUCGGGUUCUUGAAGUUGUGGAGGUUCAAGUCGAAGGUCAAGUGCGGUCUCAAAGUCCCGUUGAGUUCCUCUAAUUCGACGAGCGGGUUUGAAUUCGAGGAGACCAAGUGCCAUUUUGACCUCUAAUCAGAUCUCAUGUCUUAUUGUUGUUUAAAUUUUAACUUUAGUAAUGCUUUUGAGUUUGUGGAUUAUCUUCCAUAGUUUUCUUAUGUUUAUGGAUUUAUGUGAAAUAAAUAAAUAUAUAUAUUUUGGA